AUGCCCAGCUCGUGCCAGGACAUCAGAGAGGCGCUGGCCCAAUGCCUGCAAGAAUCGGACUGUAUCAUGGUCCAGCGGCACUCACCGCGUGAAUGUCUCGCAUCGCCACUGGCUGAGGAGUUGCCUAUGAAAUGUCAGCAGCUGCGCAAAGGGUUUAGCGAGUGCAAGCGCGGUAUGAUCGACAUGCGCAAGCGAUUCCGCGGAAAUCACCCUAUUUCGGUAUCGAAGGAAAUGGACACCCAGUCGAACUCCCCGGGGCAAUUAUAUGCUGGUGGUCCGGCUUUCCAGUCUGUGAAGGAACUCAGUGGUGAUGAGGUACAAAUGGAUCCGGAGAAGACCCGCGGCCUGUGA